CUCUCUCUCUCUCUCUCUCUCUCUCUCACACACACACAUGCACAAAGACAGCCUCUGGAUCCUGGCGCACGCUGGAGCAGAGGAAUCAGAAACAUAGCGACACAGAAGGGCUAGCAGGCAGACAGGCAGGUGGAAACACUAUCCCUUUGACUGGACUGGGAGAGACUGUACUGGGGGAGGCUACCUCGUCAUGGCAACAAACCGACCUCUCUAAGGAUUAAACUUCUCUUCCUCCGAAGGACUUCAUCUUCCUUCAUCCUCUCCUCAUUCAUUUUUCACCAUCCUUUUUUCUACUAUCGUUCCUUUUUACAUUUGAUUGGUUGUUGCUACCGGCAGGAGAUCGAUGUGAGGAUUAUACCAACAGUUCUCUCUCCGUUUCUUUAUAUUAGGAUAGAUUUUUUUGGCCGUUUUGGUUUGGGCGUUGGGGUUGGUGGUGGGUGGCUGGUAUUUUGGAAGGGCUGAGUAUCUAUUCCUUGCCCCUCUCCCCAGGAGGAGGCUGGCAUCGGGGCGUCCUGAUGCCAGAGCCCGUCUAGAGAGGGUGGACGCGGGACGCUCCGACAUGCCCCACCCCCUUCACUCUGCCGGGCCCCCGGAUUGGCGGAGCCAGGGGAGGACCUCGCACACAACCACACCAACCAGACCUGUUCUGCUGUGUCUCCUGUGUGUCCUGUCUUCCCUGGUGGAUCUAACCACCGCCUGUCCUGCGACCUGCCUCUGCAACGCCACCGACGUAGACUGCAGUGGGCGCGGCCUGCUCUCCAUGCCCGCCCUCACCCAUCUCCCCGUCACCGCCCGCACCCUCCUGCUGCCCAACAACCACCUCUCCUCCCUGGGUCCAGGGUCCUUCGCUAACCUCACCUCCCUGGAGCGACUGGAUCUCUCCAACAACUACCUGGAUGAUUUACCCCCAGUGCUCUUCAAGGACCUGGGGAAUCUAUCAGAUCUGACCCUCCACAACAACAGUCUUAGGGCCUUGAAUAGGGAUCUCUUCCAGGGGCUGGUGGGGCUGAGGAAGCUAGAUGUCUCCCUCAACGGGCUGUCUGAUAUCCCCUUGGGUCUGCUGGAUGAGCUGCAGGGGCUGACGUGGCUCUCCGUGGCAGGGAACAGGCUCCAUGCCCUGGAGAGAGCAGCCUUCGAGCCCCUGGCUAACCUCCAGUAUCUUCAGCUAGGGGCUAACCCCUGGGAGUGUGACUGCAACCUGAGGGACUUCAAGCACUGGAUGGAGUGGCUGCUGUACAGAGGUGGUAAGGUAGAUGGGGUGGAGUGUACCCUCCCUAAGGACCUGCGAGGGCGGGAUAUCCGUGGCGUUCCAGUGGAGAUGUUCAACUACUGCCUCCAACUGGAUGACGAGAACAGGGGAGGAGGGGGGCCGCGGAGCGGAGGAAAAGAAGGUUCAUCCCCGCCCUGCGGCCGAACUACCGGCUCCGGAGGCACCGGCGGAGCCCCCACAUCCGAAGUCCCCGCUGCGGGCGACCUGGUGCCCGUCCCGGACUGUGUGCAGCGGCGCUACCAGCCGGUGAGCGUGCGGAGGGCCAUCGGGACGGUGGUGAUAGCCGGGGUGGUGUGUGGUAUCGUGUGUAUCAUGAUGGUGGGGGCAGCGGCCUACGGAUGUAUCUAUGCCUCGCUCAUGGCCAAGUAUCAACGAGAGCUGAAGAAGAGGCAGCCGCUGAUGGGAGACGGGGAGGGGGACGCAGAGCCUGAGGACAAGCAGAUCUCCUCUGUGGCAUAGAGGGGUCAGGGGUUGGAGGUCAGGGGUCAGGGUUGAAAGGGCUCUAUUCCUCCUCUCCCUCCUUUUUCUUCUCUCUGGAUGCUGUCCUACUGUGCCGCUUCUCCUCCUCCUCCUCCUCCUCCUCCUCCUCUCCCCCUGAAACUAACCAGCUCCUGCUACUGUCUUCUCUAUCUCCACCAAAUGACAAUCACAAUGUGUCCUCUCCUCCACUCUGAACCCUGAUCUCAUUCUGAGAUGAGAUGAGACAGACAUGAACGUGUCAGACCACUAGACAACCGCCUGAUAGUGUGAUCAACAAACUCUGAACCUCCAAUGACCCUUCUCUAUCCCUCAGCCCACAAACCCCACGGCCCCGCAGAAACAAGAACUGGGUCUGGUCUGGCAUGACAUGGUGGAGGGAUGGCCUGGUUCUCUCUGUCCUCUCACUCCUGUCGUUCUCUGAGAUGGAGGGAUGGCCUGAUUCUCUCUGUCCUCUCAAUCCUGUCGUUCUCUGAGAUGGAGGGAUGGCCUGGUUCUCUCUGUCCUCUCCCUCCUGUCGUUCUCUGAGAUGGAGGGAUGGCCAGACGCUCAGAGGGAUAUUAAAAAACAAGGGAUUAAAAGAUGCUGCUAUUGUCUUUUAUCCCUCCAGAAGGUUUUAUCCCUCCAUCCCUGUGUUCCCACCAGCUGUAAGAGUACACAACAGUUGUGGGGACUUUUCCUCUUCCUUCCUCCUCCCUUUCAUCCCUCUGUUCCCACCUCCUGGAGGAGUACACACACGCUGUGGGGACUUCUCUCUUCCCUCUCUGUGUAAUCUCUAUGGAUGGACAUCAACCUCUCCUACGAACUAGCAGGAUCUUCCCCCAGCCCUGAAUUGGCUGGACAACCAGAGUGUAUAUGAUUCUAUACUGCUCUAUGGUUUAGAUGAUUUAAUAUAGCCUCUAUUACAUGCAGUGACCCAACUCCUGGUUUUUGACAAACAUUCAUUUGGUCCCGUGUCAGUUUUUCAUUUGGUUUUGUUGGUUUUGUUUGCGUGAUAACCUUAUCUCCUGUAACGUUUUAGAGCUUGUUAGAUGUGCUCCGACAAAACCCUACAGGUAUACAGUCUUGCUAGCGAUGUUGGUAAUAAAAAGGUAGCUACCAAGUGAAUCCAGUUGUGUUGUUGUUAAAUGGGUAAUAACCCACGUACAGUACAGUACCACAGUUCUCUGUGAAGUGGAAUGAGACCCUGGACCACUACCCAGGAUUCCAUAGUAGCUUGGGAGGCGUGUCUUGAUAACAGAUCUUAAUAUGAUGGUAGAUAAACAGGCUGAUGCUGAUGAAAGAGAACUAGAGACAGAUGAAAUGGGAUGUAUAGGAUGAAAUGGGAUGUAUGUGAUGAAAUGGGAUGUAUGGGAUGAAAUGGGAUGAUAUGGGAUGAAAUGGGAUGUAUAGGAUG